GAGACGAGUGGAUCUUCGCAGACGCCCUGGAGACGCGGAUCUUGCCAGCCGCCCUGGAAACGCCCCCGCGCCAUGCCACCCACCACCGAGCAGACCCCCAGAGUCGCUACGUGGGCAAGGAGCCGCGUCCGGCUGGGGACGGGCUGCGCCCAGAGCAGACUUGGAGAACGCAUCGCCGUUUUUUGGACCAGUGGUUGCAGAACGCGGACAUCCCAGCGACGAAGCAUUGGAUUUUCUCUUGGAGCGCGCUGUCCGGUGAUGCUGAUUUGAUGAUCAACCACCCGACAAACGAGGAGCCGCAGGACCCAGGGGCCGGAAAGACAAUCCGGAACAUGUUGGGGCAGGCUCACAGGCACAUUUCGGAGUUCGAAGAUCACGGCGGUUUUGGCACGGCCGUCUACGAUCUUCACAGGGAGCGCAGCCAGAAUCUGGUGCAGUUUGCGAACAUCGCCCGGUCUGAGGAGCAGGAGGGCGACGAAGAUUUCGUGGACUACGACAGCGAUGGCGGCGAGCUCAUUGCCUUGGACGACAACGACCUGCAGGGCGAAUGCGACGAGGACGAUGUGCUGCGGGCGUGGCCACAGCUUCGGCGGGCCAGCGGGGCCUUCCAGAGGGGCAGACCCAGGGGCGACCGCCAGAUUCGCCAGAAUCUGCAGCAGACUCCGAAGCUCGCAGAGCGGGAUAGCGACGGCGGGUUCGAGCUGGUAGACGAGCAGCCGCCAGAGGAGGUGCCCGCGGCGCCUGGCCUGGACGCAGAAGACAAACCAAGCGGCUCGCAAGCGGUGCCGCGCUGCCGAGACUGGCUGCGCAGCCUUCCAGAGGAUGGCUGGCUGGACUUGGAACGCAAGUGGCGCGCGGAGCGCGACUCGGCGCUGCGGGGGGGCGACUGCGUCCUGAGGGGCGGCCUCAAGGGUCACGUCGAGGAGGAGUUCGCAACCUCCGAGGUCGUGCAGGACAGCUACGGCGCCGCGGCGGCGCCUGUCGAGGUCAGCAACGUUGGCGAGCUUCUGCGGACGGCGCCAGUUGCCUGGGCACGCGGCAAGGGGCCGCGGAGUGACUUCGAGGCGGCGCCAGGCGAGAGCGGCUGCGAGGCUGCCCAGAACGGCGCUCGCGGCAUCGAGGCGCUCCGUGAACGCGAGAGGUCGCUGUGCAACGAACGCGGGUUGAGGGCCGUUGCGAGCUCCAAGGUUGGCGCAGCCGUCGGCUUCGGAGGUCGUCUCGACCGCGUGCGCGUGCCGCGUGGCAUUGGCGGCAUGGGCGGCCUCGUCGAGUGGGCGAUCAUCGACGACCCUACUGUUCCGCCGUUCACUUCGGUCAACCUUCCGCGCGCGCUGGGCGCCGCGGUGAACCUGCCAGACUCCACCGCGGGGCUGCGCCGCCUGAACAGGAGCACCGCCCUGAAGCGGCUGCCCAGAGGCCGCGCGUCGCGCGGCCUGGCGGAGUUUGCUGCGGACGGGUUCGACGCGCAAAUCAAGGCAAUCCUUUGGUGCGACGGCUGGAACGCAGCAGACCGGUGCCAACAACGCGUCCACUGGGACUUUGCCGUCGCCUGCGACAGCGACCGACUCCGCCGCGCCUGCGCCGACAUUGCCGCCUGGCUGGGUGCUGCUAGUGCCAGACCGCAGGCUUCCAAGGGUUUCUGCACGCAGAACCUCAUCUCCCUGCAUCUGACUGACGCCCGGGCGCCGCGGCAAAACGGCAGCGCGGAACGUCGCGGGGGCACCUCCAAGAAGAUUGUGCACAAGGGGGCUGCCGCGAUAGCGCGCGCGGAGGCCUCCAUGAGGUCUCCGAUCCAGCUCAACGCUGCCGCGCAUGGACUCGCCAAUGCUCCGAUGCAGAUCAUGCGUUCGUUGCUGGACGCUCAGAACGGGGCUGUCCGACGGGUCGACCAUUCAGGCAUGCGCGCCGACGCCAUGGCAAAACGCGACGGCAAUGUAGACAUUGAUGCGAACUGGCCG